AUGCAUAAUUAUGAUAUGUCGGCAGUUGGACUCAAGACAAUCCAUCAGAUAUCCACAAAUUUGAAGGGUAUUUGUAUCCAGCAGAACUCUCACCGUUUCAAAACUUUCCAUCUCUCGAAGUUCACAUCUUCGAAAGAUUCCGAAGAAUCUGGAAGACGUUUCGAAGCAGAACAAUUGAAAGAUUAUCUGCCACGUCAAUCGAAAAUGCACGGAAGCGGUCACAGUCUGACGGGCGCUCCGCAUCAGAUUCCACCGCCACGUACCCAGGGAGCGGCAACCGGUGGUCAACAACUAUCAGCCACCGCCAAUCAAUUUGUCGACAAAAUCGAUCCGUUCCACAAUAAACGUGGCACGUCGCGCAGAUUACGCAUCAACAACAGCAGUCGGUACAAUGUCGAUUCGGCUCAAGAGCUCGUUCAAUUGCCGCUGAUUAAAGACACUGCUACGAACGAACAACCAGCAUUGGUGAUUGAGAAGUUGGUUCAAUGCCAACACGUCUUCGAUUUCUACGAUCCAGUUGCUCAAUUGAAAUGCAAAGAAAUCAAAAGAGCUGCUCUAAACGAGCUCAUCGACCAUAUCACAUCUACAAAAGGAGCAAUCGUUGAGACAAUUUAUCCAGCUGUCAUCAAAAUGGUCGCCAAGAAUAUAUUCCGUGUGUUGCCACCAUCGGAAAAUUGUGAAUUUGAUCCAGAGGAGGAUGAGCCAACACUCGAAGUGUCAUGGCCACAUUUACAGUUGGUCUACGAGCUGUUCCUCCGGUUCCUCGAAUCACCAGAUUUCCAAGCAUCCAUCGGAAAGAAAUACAUCGAUCAGAGAUUCGUGUUGAAACUUCUCGAUUUGUUCGAUUCGGAAGAUCCACGUGAGCGAGAUUUCCUGAAGACAGUCCUUCAUCGUAUUUAUGGAAAAUUCCUCGGAUUAAGAGCAUUCAUUCGCAAACACAUCAAUAACAUGUUCUUGAGAUUUGUGUACGAGACUGAUUCGUUCAAUGGUGUCGGAGAACUUCUUGAAAUUCUCGGAUCUAUCAUUAACGGAUUCGCUCUUCCAUUGAAGCAAGAGCAUAAAGUUUUCUUGGUCAAAGUUCUUCUCCCACUGCACAAACCAAAGUGUUUAUCACUUUAUCAUGCUCAGCUCGCAUAUUGUGUUGUUCAAUUCAUCGAAAAAGACUCUUCGCUGACUCCACAAGUAUUCGAAGCUCUUCUCAAGUUCUGGCCACGAACAUGCAGCAGCAAGGAGGUGAUGUUCCUGGGAGAAGUCGAGGAGAUUCUCGACAUCAUCGAACCGGAACAGUUCAAGAAAAUCAUCGAUCCAUUGUUCCGUCAAUUGGCGAAAUGUGUCAGCAGUCCACACUUCCAAGUUGCCGAGCGAGCACUCUACUUUUGGAAUAACGAAUACAUAUUGUCACUUAUCGAGGAUACAAGCAGCCUGGUGAUGCCAAUCAUGUUCCCCGCUUUGUACCGUAUCUCAAAAGAGCACUGGAAUCAGACGAUUGUCGCAUUGGUUUAUAAUGUAUUGAAAACAUUUAUGGAGAUGAAUGGAAAAUUAUUCGAUGAACUCACGUCUACGUAUAAAGGAGAACGAAUUCGGGAAAAGCAGAGAGAAAAAGAUAGAGAUGCGUUCUGGAAGAAGAUGGAAGCGUUGGAAUUGAAUCCACCGGCUGAAGGGAAAGAAGUCACGCCUUCACUGUUUCCAGAGAAAUUAACCGAUUAUUUGAAGAAGGAAAAUCGAUCCAACUACCAAUACGGAACAAAAAAUUCUGAAACCGAUGUGGACACAACGGAAAAGGCAUUUAAUGGCCUUACAGUGUCGAAUCCACAAGAAUCGGACGGUUCGAAUGUGGUGCCUCAACCAGUGGCGGCAGCUGGAGGAGGAGAUAAGUCACCUUCCGUUGUGAAAAAGUCAUCGACAGGCUCGGAUACGACGCCGAAAAAGUAA